GUAUGACAACAUUCGAACCGGAAAUAAAUUAUUUUUGUGGUUAGAAGAUCAAUUUAGAAGAUCAGAGGGCAAAGAUCACUAUUUACAUUACACAUAUUUCAGCAUGUCUGCUACAGUGUUAACGAGGAGGGUUUUUCAGCGACUUUACUCAUCGUUCAAAUUAAUGACACCCCAAACUACUUCAGCGGGCGGCCAAAAAUUCAGUUCACAGAGUCCAGAAGACGAGUUUCAUGUCCAUUAUUUAGAUGGCGACCAAAAAGGGAUUGUGGUGUUCUCCAUGAGAAGAUUCAAGGCUCGGAAUGCAAUGGGAAGAAACCUCAUUGGACUGCUCAUUGACAGUCUGCAGAAAGUAAAGUUUGACAAGAGUGUCCGCAGUCUGAUUGUCCGUAGUGAGGUCCCGGGAGUUUUCUGUGCUGGCGCUGACUUGAAGGAGAGGCGUGAGAUGAAUGAUGUUGAGGUGGCGGCGUACGUCCACAAACUGCGCAGCACGGUCAACGACCUGCACAACUUCCCCGUGCCGGUGAUCGCAGCACUAGAUGGCGCUGCUCUCGGGGGAGGGCUGGAGAUGGCUCUCGGGUGUGACCUUCGGGUCGCAGCUAGUACUGCGAAGAUGGGUUUGAUUGAAACGACUCUAGCUUUAAUUCCUGGUGCAGGAGGAACCCAGCGGUUGCCGCGAGUCGUAGGCAUGGCGCUGGCUAAGGAACUGAUCUACACGGGGCGGGUGCUGGACGGGAAGCAGGCGAAGGAGGUGGGUCUGGUGAACCACGUGGUGGAGCAGAAUGAGGCGGGGGACGCCGCGUAUCACCGCGCCCUGCAGCUCGCUCAGGAAAUGUUGCCCAAUGGACCUAUAGCAGUGAGAAUGGCAAAGAUGGCAAUAAACCGAGGCAUCGAGGUUGACCUCGAGUCUGGUCUGAGAUAUGAAGAAGCUUACUAUGCACAGGUUAUUCCUACUAAAGAUCGUCUAGAGGCUCUUGAAGCAUUCAGAGAAAAACGACCACCCAAGUUUCACGGCCACUAACUAUGGAAUGUUUCACUCUCUGGUUUGGAGCUGACGUCUAGUUGUUUGGUUUGGUGUAUGGCAGUGUGUUGAGAAGUGCUUCAUGGUGUCACAUGUCUAGAACUAUUCCCUGGUGUGUAGCAGUGUCACGUGAUAUACUUUAUACUCAGAACUAUACCCUGAUGCACAAUAGUGUUGUUACACUCGAAACCUACCAUUGUGUGUAUCACCUCUUUAACUUACAGCUCUAUACCUCAUAUUGUUUGAUAUUGGUCAUUUGUUCAUCAUGUACACAGAAAUACUACAUUCAAAAAUUACCCAUGGACAUCUUUGUACUCGUAUGCAAGAUAUUUUGAAAACAGCAUUCCAUUAAUGUUGUAACCAUUUUUUAAUGGAAGUACAAAUAUACCUGAUUUAAUAAACUUCUGUCUUGUUGAGGUCAAUGUAUGUGGUCAACUACCUUGAUAUUUCGAAAAGGUUUUCUGUCGUAUUUAACAAUAUAUUUUUAAAGAGAACAGUAAAGAACGUCUAUAGGAUGUAAACAUAUUUCGUAAAGCAUUCUUAAAGAGAACUGUGUUAGAGAAACUCAAUAUCAUGUAAACAAAUCUUAUGUAACUUACAAGCAGUGGCAUAGCGUAGGCGGAGCGUGGGCAGAGCAAAAUUCUGAACUGGUGGAAGGGACUCUGGGAGUGCUAACGGUCCACUGGUUGAGAGGUGCAAUACUUGCCUUGCCCCGGGCGCUAACAACCCACGCUACGCCACUGCUUACAAGCAAGUUUAUCCAAGAAACCAAUUCAAAUGUUGUGUUUGUUAUUUCCAAGUUGAGGGAGUAAUUGGUGUGUAUUUUGAGUGACAACUUCGAUAUUGAGGAAGUAUUAAGUAGAUUUUGCUUAGGGAUUUAGGAAGUAUUUUGUAUUAAAGCUUAUAUAGUAUUAGAAAGUACUUGGUGUGUUGGGUGUUAUGGUAAAGGUUAGAGUAAUAGGUGUGUACUGUGUGGAUGCUUUGUUUAUGACAUAUUGUCAGGGUAUACUUGUGACAUUAGUAGUGCUUAACAACUGCAAGCUUGUGCUUUGGGAAAAUUAAAUUGACAUCAAUUGUGUAUUGAAAAUGACAAUGAUAUUGAUUGUGUAGCAAGUACAAUCUUUAUUAUGUUUGUUAUAAAUGCCUGGAUAAUAAAUCAAUUAUCACAUA